AAAAGAUGGCCCGUACCAAGCAGACAGCUCGUAAAUCGACCGGUGGUAAGGCGCCGCGUAAACAACUCGCCACCAAGGCGGCUCGUAAGAGCGCACCAGCAACCGGUGGUGUCAAGAAGCCCCAUCGCUACAGGCCCGGCACCGUCGCCCUCCGUGAGAUCCGUCGUUACCAAAAGAGUACCGAAUUGCUGAUCCGCAAGCUGCCGUUCCAGCGUUUGGUGCGUGAGAUCGCUCAAGAUUUCAAGACUGAUCUCCGUUUCCAGAGUUCCGCUGUGAUGGCCCUCCAGGAGGCGAGCGAGGCAUACCUCGUCGGUCUCUUCGAAGACACCAACCUUUGCGCUAUCCACGCGAAGCGCGUCACCAUCAUGCCAAAGGACAUUCAGCUCGCUCGCAGAAUCCGCGGGGAACGCGCCUAA